CAAAUCAAUGGAAGUAAAGAAUUCAUUGGAAAACAAAGUGGCGAUGAGUGCUCUCCAAAGCUUUUGGAGGCAUCCCAAAUUGCGCGUUAGUUGUAUCGUCCAUCGGCUUCCCUCUUAUAAGUUAAGCAAUAUAUUGGAUGCAUCAUGCAUGCGGAGAAGAAAUUAAAGAGGGAGGCCAGGGACUAGGAAGGGAUUGAAUUAGAAUCGAAAGGGUCUGGUUUGUUAGUUUAAUUUGCAGUGGUGUAGCGAUAGAUCGAUGGCAGGAGGUGGUGCAGGAGAGCGGUCAUUGAUGGACACACCGACGUGGGCGGUGGCCGUGGUCGUCGCUCUCAUGGUCAUCAUCUCCAUCUUCAUCGAGCAUGGCAUUAACAACCUCGGCAAGUGGUUUCAGAAAAAGCAGAAGAAGGCCAUGAAUGAGGCUCUAGAGAAAAUCAAAGCAGAAUUAAUGCUGCUAGGCUUCAUAUCGCUGCUGCUCACUAUUGGGCAAGGCCCCAUCUCAAGGAUCUGUGUGCCCGCUAAAGUUGCAACCAUCAUGCUGCCGUGUAGCAGAACUUACUCACAGGAAGGAGCAGAUGCAGGUCGAAGAAAAUUAUUAUGGCAUGAGAGAGAAGGAGCUCUUCGUCGUGUUUUGGCUGGAGCGUCCGCUUCAGAUUCCUGUUCUAAUUACGGGGACAAGGUAUCAUUGAUCUCACAGUCUGGAAUUCACCAACUACACAUUUUCAUAUUUGUCCUUGCUGUACUUCAUGUUCUUUACAGUGUUCUCACUGUGGCUCUUGCACAAGCUAAAAUGAAGAAAUGGAAAACAUGGGAGUUAGAGACAAACUCACAGCAAUAUCAGUUCUCAAAUGAUCCUUCAAGGUUUAGGUUUACCCACCAAACUUCCUUUGUCAGAAGACACAUGGGCCUUUCAAGCACCCUUGGCAUCAGAUGGAUUGUGGCGUUUAUAAGGCAGUUCUUUGGAUCAGUGACAAAAGUAGACUACUUGACCAUGCGCCACGGCUUUAUAAAUGCGCACUUGUCUCCGAACAGCAAUUUUAAUUUCCACAAGUACAUAAAAAGGUCCCUGGAGGAUGAUUUCAAAGUUGUCGUUGGCAUCAGCCCUCCAUUGUGGAUUCUCGCAAUAUUCAUUCUGCUUCUAGAUAUCAAUGGAUAUUACACACUCGCUACAGUAUCCUUUGUCCCACUUCUGGUUCUUUUACUCGUCGGCACGAAACUAGAGCUCGUCAUUAUGGAAAUGGCUCAAGAGAUUCAGAAUAGAACAAACAUAAUAAUCGGAGCUCCGGUGGUCGAACCGAGCAACAAGUACUUUUGGUUCAACAGGCCUCAGUGGAUCCUCUUCCUCAUACAUCUGACUUUGUUCGAGAACGCAUUCCAAAUGUCACAUUUUCUAUGGACAUGGUACGAAUUCAGCUUGAAAUCCUGCUUCUACGAGAAGUUUUGGCUUACGGUGGUAAAGGUGGCGAUGGGGAUAGCUCUACAGGUCUUGUGCAGCUACAUCACUCUCCCCUUGUACGCUUUGGUGACACAAAUGGGGUCGCACAUGAAGAAGGCAAUAUUCGAGGAGCAAACAGCAAAAGCGCUCAAGAAAUGGAGAGACGCGGCGAAGAGGAAGAAGAGGCUGAGGGAUGCAGGGGCGGACGUGGGUUCGGGGCUGACCAGUGGAGACGGAGAGGCUACACCCAGCCGAGGGUCGUCGCCCCUGCACCUGCUCUCCAAGUUCAAGGCCAAGUCAACCGACGUAGAGAGCGCUCCGGCGUCGCCCAGGUUUUCUCACUCGGACAGGGAUGAGGAAUCGGAGUUUGAAGCAAGAAGACCACCCACGCCCACGGACGAUAAGACUCACCACCAAGAUUUUUCAUUUCCUUCCUCUUAUCGUACGUAGUAAAUACACUCGAUCGUGCCGGUCAAUAUUCUGUAUCAAUUCAUUUCCUUCAUCUCUCUUGUUGGAUAUUUGAUGAUUUUAAAGCUAAGAGAGAAGAGCAUAAACACAAAGAAGCUAGCUUUGCGGAGGAAAAUGGUGGCCUAAUAUAUAUGAUUAUUUAAGAAAUGUACUAUCAAUUCUAGCUAGUAAAUGGAGCUUAAUUAUACCAUAA